AUGAAUAUGUUGGAUGAUGAAGAUGACCAAAGCUUUCACGCUACGCGUGACGGCUACUCCCAUUUGAGCGAUGUCAAAUGGGAUGCGGUUGAACGAAUGGGUUCGACCAUGGGCAUCCAUGCUGUUAGCGUCAUGCUAGAGGCUCUCAAUAGAGAUGCCCAACAUGCUACUAUCGCCAAGUUCAUUCAAAAUGAACUUGACGCUGAACGCGAGAAAUUUGAACUGUUGAGACAGCAGCAGGCUGCUGCUGGUGGGUCGAUGCACUCGCGUCGACCCGAGACUUUGAAGAUUGACAUCUCCAAGUAUAGGGGAGUCGAAGAAGACUCCCUCUUGAGAUGGUUCGUCGAAUUGGAUGACGCCAUAAGGGCGCGUCGCAUCGACGACGGGGAUAUGCAAGUUGCAUUUGCCCAGUCAAAUCUGGCAGGACGUGCCAAGACUUGGGCACUGGGGCUCAAGUUGCACGACCCAUAUGCGUUUGGGUCGUUGGAAGUCUUCAAGUCGCGGCUCAGACAAACGUUUGAACCUCCUAGAGCUGAGUUCAGAUCUCGAACCGAACUCUUGAAGCUCAAGCAGGGUAAGCGUGAUGUACACGCUUACGCUCAACAUAUACGACAUCUCACGAGUUGUAUGAGUUCCAAUCCGGUGGAUGAACACACGUUGGUUUCGGUGUUCAUGCAGGGUCUUGCGGAUGGUCCCGUCAAGACUCACCUGUUCCGGCUUGAACUAGAUUCACUAGAACAAGCCAUUUCCAUUGCGGAGCAGGAAGACUUCAGUCUGAGACAGGCUCGCGCCAGCUCGACAUCAUUUCGUCAACCGAGACGAUAUGACAACGGAGGUCCAGAGCCGAUGGAACUCUGUUAUGUAGAGAGCGAGAAGGCUCGCUCUACAGGCUACAAGAAGUUGCAGAGAUGCAACAGAUGUCAAAAGACAGGACACUACGCUUACGAGUGUAGUGCCCCUCGUCCAGUGUCUCGCAACACUGGGCGUAAUGACCGUCCACCCAUGAGAAAGGGGCAGGGACGAGGGUCCGCAGUUGGUGCAAAGACGCAACAACGGGAUGGACCGUCAAAAAACGGACAGGAUCAGUAG